AUUUGAAAUCAUGUUCAAAAUAGUACAUGAAGAGAUGUUUGUAACUGUAUGCUUCUUAUUUUGAUAGCAUUUACUUUUUUAUCAAAAUCCCAUAAGUCUAAUUUUCGCAAGAAUCACCCAAGUGUGAACGGGUAUGUGUCUCUCUCAUCCUAUUAUGAUCCAAUCAACCAAAAUUCAUCUUAAUACAGGUGUAACCUGAACCUCACUGCUUUAGACACGGUUUUGUACUUCGUAAUAAAGAGUUUAAUAUGCAUUUCAAAGGAUUUCUAUUUAAGGAUAAUAUUUUACUGUGGUCAAUAGUUUGUGGUUCAUCCAGUGGUGUGUUUGUUUACUUAAUAGAAUAACAAUGUGAUUUCACUUUCAGUCUUUUCUUUUUAACAAAUGCAGUCUAUUCCUGUUUGCUUUUCUCACUGUUGACUUUAGGGACUAUCAUCAUGUCACACCUUUUUUAAACGCUCUCUCUUUGCUCCAGAGCAGAUCUGUCAUGGUUUAGUUUGAUCUCACACGCUCUUCCUCCAUCUCACCCCCUCGUCUGAUGUUGGCUUCAUUGCAUUACAUUGAGUGCUGAAGUGAUUCUGGUUUCCAAGGUUCCUCAAAAGCUUUAAGCUCCAUGCAAAGACUGCUUUCAUUUGUAUGCAACUACAUAACUCCUUAUACACACAGACAUAACAAACCCUGUUGAAAUGACAAAAAUCAUACUAGGAUAUCUCCACAGAUAUCUCCACAAAUCCAGCAUAUUUUUCUUUUGUGGUUAUCACGCCCAUUCUGCGCAGUUUUCCCCUGAACUCUGUGUUGAAUCUGUUGAUCUGUGGUUGUCGUGCAAGUUUCCUGUUUUACCAACAGAUGACGUUUGUCAUAACAUGCAUGUUCUUGUUUGGUAUCGCUUUGAAUUGCGUUUGCGGACUUCAGAGUAAAUAAAGCAGACUUUAUUUAUUAGAAUCCUUACAAUUGUAAUGUUUUGGUAUCAAGAUUUCUGUAUUUAUAUUACCAGGAUGAUUUGUUAAAGGGUUAGUUUACCAAACACGAUUCUGUUAUCAUUAAAAGCUGUUGUGUGUUUAGAAAUCUCUCUGUGGAAAAUCUUUAUGUCAUCGUUUGAUGAAAUCUUCCUCUCGUAGCAGCUCUCAAUGUCUUUUGUGUUUGUGUACGUUUGAAACAUUGUGAUUACUAGCGAGACAUGAAAACAAAUGGAGAUUGGCUACGGUACUGUCUUCACACGCCAAAUUUUAAUAUAUACAAAUGUAAAAGAAAUUUGACAGUCAUGGUUAUCUUUAAAUAAACUUUAAAUAGAUCAUAAUGGCUUCAGACGACUAUUAUUUUCUGUGUCAUUUUUAGAGCUUGACUGUCCAUCCAGGUUUAAUAUAAUUUUUGGGAGAUAUUUUGAUCUUUAUUUGUGUUUCACAGAGUAAAGAGAGUCGGGUUUGGAGCGAUAAUUCCUCCAUGAUGCCUGAGGUACGAGAUCUUUCAGAUGCCCUGCCAGAGAUGCCAAUGGAUCCCAUCACUGGUGUAGGGGUUGUGGCUUCACGAAACCGAGCUCCUACCGGCUAUGAUGUGGUCGCACAAACUACAGAUGGGAUUGAUGCAGAUUUGUGGAAGGAUGGUUUGUUCAAAUCUAAAGUCACUCGCUAUCUGUGUUUCACCAGAGCUUUCUCUAAAGAGAACAGUCAUUUAGGAAACGUGCUUGUAGACAUGAAGCUGAUUGACAUUAAAGACACGCUGCCUGUGGGAUUCAUCCCUAUUCAGGAAACAGUGGACACUCAGGAGCCAGCAUUUAGGAAGAGGAGGUUAUGUAUCAAAUUCAUCCCACGAGACUCCACUGAAGCGGCCAUCUGUGACAUCCGAAUCUUGGGACGCUCCAAACAGGCACCACCACAGUAUACAUUCAUAGGAGAGCUGAACAAUAUGGGCAUCUGGUAUCGUAUGGGAAAAGUGCCACGAACCCAAGACUCCUCACCGGUCCAGAACAACGGCAGCAACACAAACACCAACAACAUCCAGACGGUCACAAAUAACUCCAACUCAACCCCAGCUCCUGUCUUACCCAAGCACAUUUCCAUGACACUGCCAGCGUGUUUCAGGAAAAGCACAACCCGACCAGACUUUGAACAUCAGAACUCCAAUCUCUAUGCCAUCUCUGCUAUGGAUGGAGUGCCUUUCAUGAUCUCUGAGAAGUUUGCUUGUGCCUCCAGUGACCUGGAGCAGGUGGAUCUCAUGGGCAUCAGAAUUAAAUCACUAGCAGAGAUUGAGAAGGAGUAUGAAUACAGUUUCAGGACGGAGCACAGCGCCGCCGCCCGUCUGCCCCCCAGUCCCACCAGAACAUCUCUGGGCUCUGAAGCCUAAAGUUCAAGGAGGAGAAGAAGAGAAGAUAUUGACUUCCCUCAAAACAUAUAUCUACUAAACUAAUGUGAACAAUCGCUGGAAGGAAAGCUAUGGAAAGUUUUACAGAAUGAAAAACAGAUCUCCUAACCUGUGGUCAAGUUCAGUCUCUCUGAAGAGUUUAAAGAUGAAGUGGAGCUCCGUCGCUGUUGUCAUCUUUAUUAAAACCACUACAGUAUCAGAACUGAGAUGAAUGGAGCGCCUGUGAAAACUUCUGUCCUGUGUUUAAUGUUUCUGAUCUCUGGACUCGGAUGCUGUUACUUUACUGACUUUCUGAACUCUUAAAUAUUCAGCGUUGAGUCAAUGUGCAUGAAAUCAGAUCAUAUUUGGUUCGUCUACUCUUUGUUUGUUUGUUUGCUUGCUUGAGAUUUUAUUUAGAUUGCAGCGACUGCAUGACAGAAAUUGUUUGUUUGUUUCUUGGGUUUGGAAAUGAAGCCCAAUUCUCUGCACUGUUACGAGACUUUUAAAGCAUUUUAGUUUUUUUUAUCUGCUUGAGAAACAAAAACACUCCAGCUCAGUAACUAACAGACUUUGUAUAUAAACAGCGAUGAUGAAUCAGGAAUGCGAUGCUUUUAAAAGUGUCCCUUUUUGUUUUUGUAGCGUCGCUCCUGAUUGAUUUUGUUUCAUCACCACUGACUAAUAUUCGUUCUUCUGUCGUUAUGUUAAUGGUGCUCAAGCAGGAUAGUUUUAUCAGUACACUUGUUUCUUUUAAAAUUCAUGGUGAUAUAUGCUAGUUUAUUUUUAUGAAUGAGUGAAUAUCUAUCUGGGAUCAUUUUUAGCCCAAAAUCAAAACAUGUUGCAUAAAGACCACUGAGGAUUUUUGCAUCAUGUCAAAAUGACAUUAAAUGCUUUCCAACAACAAACUGAAAGGUCCUAUCUGAAGAAAAUCAUCAAGUACUACGGUCAAACUAACAAAUGUUUUUGUGUUACAGUAUUACAGGAGGCUGAGAUUAAAAAAAUUUCAAUGCAAAACUUCUUAAGUGCUUUAUGCAAAAUACAAAAUGUUUUAGAUUUGAUUUUGGGAUAAGAUCCAGAUUGUCAUGAUGAUGAUGAUGAUGAUGAUGAUGUUCAGUGUUAUUUUGACAGUCAUCUCAGGUGAAAGUGUUUUUGUAAUCUAACCACUAAACAGAUGCUCAUUUAACACAGAUGAUAAUCCUCUUUCUUCUGUUGUUCAUGUGUAGAUCAGGCAUCAGUCAAACUUAUUUUUGGAUGAUUUAAAUCCUGUCGAGUGUUAUUUUGCAUCCAGAAAAUUGAUUUGUGUCUGGAAACAGCCAUAGAUAUUUAGAUUGAACUAAAACAACGAGGUAAAAAAUGAAACUAACAUCUCUCAUGACAAAGUAAGGUUAGUACAUUACAGUUAGUUUUUCAGAGUAAAAUUGAUUUUGUUAUAAAAUCUGGGCUAUUAAUUUAACUCAACAAGCAUGCAGCAGUUUUUAUUUCUUCUUAACGAGAGAUUUUAAUGUUUUAGUAUUCUUUAUUUAAUGAUAUAUGAAGUCUAAUUUAAAUGUUAUAGCCAGUUUUUCACCAUCCUUUUCAGUCACAUGAACAAAUCCAUUGUAAGAUGUUGUUUAGUUAUUUCACUGUGUAAAUGAGUUUAACUUCUCUUCAUGGUUUGCUAAACAGUUUAAUGUAGAUCUCAUCCAGUUUAAGAUCAUUGUUUUACUGCUAGAUGAACCUGCUGUGUUUGUCAACUGAAUUUCAUUUCUUCUAUAAAUGUGAAUGUGUUUGUUGACUAA